AUGAUGGGUAGUUCCAAUGCUAAAGUAAUUGCUCCAUUCGAUUACCGAUUACCGAUUACCGAUUUCUUUUCUCUGCUUCUCCUUUUCUAUCUUGCUUAUUUUGUUCCAAGCCCGACAAUAUUCCACUUCAAGCUGGAUAAAAAAGCAACCUUUUAUUAUGGCGAUGGUGAUGGUAUAUUGACGGAUGAGAAUGGAAAUAAAAUUAUUGAAUACCAGAUGGAGAUUGACGAUGACCAAUAUCCUCUGACUUCAAUAACUACUUUUACCCCAUAUCAAUCUCAAAUCUUCAGAGAGAUUACUAAAAAUUAUUUGGCCAACUGCGUUUUUACCGAUGAGUCGGUUUUUAACAUCAACUUGAAGCGCAGUAUGCCAUGGGAAACGGUAGAAGAGGCACCAAUAGUAGAAGUUCCUAAAACAAGAGCAGAAUCGCAUACUAUCGUAGGAGCUAUAUCUCACUUAAGUGUGAUAAGCGUAGAUUUGAGGACCCAAAGGGUUCAUUGCUUCAUAAAGAAAAUGGCUAGAAAUUAUAUUGAAGCUCAUGGCUAUAGCUGCGUUUAUCUCCAGCCAUAUUCACCUGAACUCAAUCCCAUUGAGAAAUUUUGGCUAGUAUACAAGAGUAAAGUAAAGAGAGAAGCGCUCUUGGAAGAGGGGAAGAAUUGUCUUCAAAAAUCAGAGAAGCUUGCAACAAAGUGCUUACUAUGGACCUACAAGGCUUUUGCAUAUCUUCAUAACAAAAUCCGAAGAUUGUUUAAACAGAAAACUGCUUUAAUGAACGCCAAUGCACGAUUUUUUUAUCAAGUGUGCGAAUGA